AGAACUGCCGCAACGCGCCAUGUUGGUGCAGUAAACGUGUUGCCCCUAACGAUACAUGUGUUUAAUCGAACUAUUAACUAAUUGCCGUCGUGAAACGCGUACUAUUAUUACACUUCCCUUGCCGAUGUUCGGAUUGACGUAACCCGAUCCUUGAAGAAGCGCAUGCUUAGAAAGUGCAGCAGCUGGGUGUAGCUGAAUAAGACACAGGCAGAUCUACGACGAGAAACGGGAACGGAGAGGGAGAGAAACGGCUGGUCGUAUCUCUCAGAGAGCGGGCACGCACCGACGGUCCUUUAACCGAGAUGUCAACAGACGACGACGGCGGCAGAGGCGGAGGAACAUGUUGUACUUCGCGGCAGAACGGCAUCGUUCAGCCGCUGCUGACAGAUUUGUAUGAAAUCACUAUGGCUUACGCCUAUUGGAAGAGCGGCAAGAUGAACGAUCACGCCGUGUUUGAUUUGUUCUUUCGUAAGAAUCCUUUUCAGGGGGAGUUCACCAUCUUUGCUGGUCUCGAAGAAUGCAUAAAGUUCUUGAAUAAAUUCCAUUAUUCUCCUAGUGAUAUCAAGUACCUGAAAUCGACUAUGCCUACUACAGUAGACCCAAGAUUUUUUGAUUAUCUGCAAAGUCUUACUGCUAGAGAUGUCACAAUAUAUGCCAUAGACGAGGGAUCUGUUGUAUUUCCAAGAAUUCCACUGUUAAGAGUGGAAGGACCGUUAAUAAUGGCACAACUUUUGGAAACAACUCUGUUAACAUUGGUUAACUACGCAAGUCUAAUGGCAACCAAUGCAGCAAGAUAUCGCAUGGUUGCUGGGAAAAAUAUAACGUUGCUUGAAUUCGGUCUUCGAAGAGCACAAGGGCCUGAUGGAGGAUUGAGUGCGUCUAAGUACAGCUAUGUUGGGGGAUUUGAUGGAACUAGUAAUGUUUUGGCUGGUAAAUUAUUUAAUAUACCUGUAUGUGGUACACAUGCACACGCAUACAUCACGUCCUUCACCAGCAUCAGUGAUCUACGAGGAAAAACAUUAGCGCAUAAGCAAACCGGCGACGUUCUAGAUCUAUUGGAACUCGCUUGUAAGCAUCGUGAAGCUAUCGCCAAUGAUUUAGGAGCUUUGGCCUCACAGGCAUCUGGCGGAGAAUUAGCGGCUUUAAUCAGUUACGCCGUCGCUUUCCCAGAAAGAUUCACCGCUCUCGUGGAUACGUAUGAUGUUAAGAGCAUUGAGACGUCAGCCAAGGGGCAGGCACAAGUGGCCGGCCUAAAUGUAAAGAAUAAACUUCUAACUAACGGGUCCAAUACACACGCUCAAAACGGUGUGAGAAACAACCCAUUUAUAUCAGAAUCAACUUCGCAACUUCACAAGAACGGCUUUUUAAGACGAGGUGAAUUGGGUGAGCUCUAUGUGAGGAGUGGUCUCUUAAACUUCUGUGCGGUAGCGUUAGCUUUGAACGAUUUGGGAUAUAAGGCUAUUGGCAUCAGGAUUGAUAGCGGUGAUUUGGCUUAUCUCAGUAAUGUUGCGAGAGAUAUUUUCGAGAAGAUUGCUGUCAAGUACGACAUACCGUGGUUCGCAAAAUUGAUGAUUUGUGCGUCCAACGAUAUCAAUGAAGAGACUAUAAUAAGCUUGAACGAGCAGAGUCACAAAAUUGACUGCUUUGGAAUCGGAACGCAUCUCGUAACAUGUCAGAGACAACCAGCAUUGGGUUGUGUUUAUAAAAUGGUAGAGAUCAACGACGAGCCAAGGAUUAAGCUCAGUCAAGAAGUCGGAAAAGUGACGAUACCAGGCAGAAAGGAUGCCUAUAGAUUGUAUGGAUCGGAUGGCUACGCGUUGAUAGAUCUUUUGCAGAAAACCACGGAGGAACCGCCACAAGUAAUGCAGAAGGUUCUUUGUAGGCACCCAUUCCAACAAACGAAAAGGGCUAAUGUUACACCGUCCCGAGUGGAACCUUUACACAAGAUAUAUUGGAAAGAUGGUAAAUUAUGUCAGCCAUUACCAACCUUGCAAGAAAUUCGCAACAGAGUGCAAGAAUCUCUCAAUACAUUGCGUAACGAUCACAAAAGGAAUUUAAAUCCAACACCAUAUAAGGUAGCUAUCAGUGAUACUUUAUACAGAUUUAUAGACGAAUUGUGGUCACAAAAUGCGCCGAUUGGAGAAUUACGGUGAAGCAUACUACUCUUAUACGAGAGUAUUGUUAAACUAGUCUCUAGCAAUUAUAAAAGUAAUAACAAAAAAAUUAAGAAUCACAGAUUUUACAAAUAAAAUGCUUAAUAAAUCUUUUUCCUAAGAGCAAUGACAACGUAUCAUCGCAGUCGGAUAUAUAUAUACAUCAUAAUAUAACACGAUUGCGUCGUAGAAUAUAUCACGAGAAAGAAAGAAGAGCAGGGAGAGCGAGAAUUGUAAGAGCUAUUUUUUACAUUUUCCAUUGUUGAAAAUUAUAUUAUCAUCGUCGCAAUCUAUUUUGGUAAAUCUUGCGCAAAUCAUAUAACAUAUUUGUAUAGUUUUACACGAUUUAUAUAGAGCAAAUUGUUCUGUUACAGAAAUUUAGAGUAGUUUUGUCGUACACACAUACACGUAUUCUUAUUCCUAUUUUUUAAAGAAAAAAAA